GAAGUGAGACAGAGCUGACGGCUGUUCCGCCUAGCACCUGGUGGCAAUGCCUUGAGGAACCCCUCCAGCGUGCGCACACCUCGCAUCGCAGCAGCAGCGGCAGAUGAGGAGGGACGUGGGCCCCCCAGUGCGGCGUCCCACCCACCCUCUUACCGAAUCCCAGCGGCAGGGACAGGGCGCAGCCUAGCAGGGGUGGCAGCAUGGGGGACUCUGAUUCAGAGUCCACCUUGCACAACAACUCACUGUGGUGGCUGGCAUGUGGGAUGUUAGCCCUGUUGGCCAACUCUUGGAUCAUACUCAGCAUCACGGCCAAGCAACAGAAACACAAGCCCCUGGAGCUGCUGCUGUGCUUCCUUGCUGGGACCCACAUCCUUAUGGCAGCAGUACCCCUCACCACCUACGCCGUGGUGCAGCUGCGGCGUGAGUCCUCCGACUACGACUGGAACGAAAGCAUCUGCAAGGUCUUUGUCUCCACGUACUACACCCUGGCGCUGGCCACCUGCUUCACGGUGGCCUCCCUUUCCUACCACCGCAUGUGGAUGGUGAGAUGGCCGGUCAACUACCGGCUGAGCAAUGCCAAGAAGCAGGCUCUGCAUGCAGUCAUGGGUAUCUGGAUGGUGUCGUUCAUCCUCUCCACCCUGCCCUCCAUCGGCUGGCACAACAACGGCGAGCGCUACUAUGCCCGCGGCUGCCAGUUCAUUGUCAGCAAGAUAGGGCUGGGCUUCGGUGUCUGCUUUAGCCUCCUGCUGCUCGGAGGAAUCGUCAUGGGCUUGGUGUGUGUGGGUAUCACUUUCUACCAGACCCUGUGGGCACACAGAAGACGCCGGCGGUGCCGCCAUCAGAGGGCGGAGGAAGCGUCAUCCUGCUCUUCAUCAGCACACACCACUUUCAAUGUGCCGGCCAUCGUAGUGGAGGAUGUACGAGGCAAAAGGAGGUCUUCACUGGAUGGCUCUGAGUCAGCCAAGACCUCCUUGCAGAUGACCAACCUCAUCAGCGCUAUUGUCUUCCUGUACGACACGCUCACCGGGGUGCCCAUCUUGGUUGUGAGCUUUUUUAGCCUGCGCUAUGAUACGGCCCCCACCUGGAUGGUCCUGGCUGUGCUCUGGUGCUCCAUGGUGCAGACCCUGCUGCUCCCCUCCUUCAUCUGGUCCUGCGAGCGCUACCGAGCAGAUCUCCGCACCGUGUGGGAGCAGUGUGUGGCUAUCAUGUCUGAGGAAGACGGAGAUGAUGAUGGUGUGUGCGAUGAUUAUGGCGAUGGCAGGAUCUGCAAAGUGAGAUUUGAUGCGAACGGUGCUGCAGCUGUGAAGCGGGACUCCCGGGACAUCAAGCUGCUACCCAUGCACCACAUGUUGUUGCCCCAGGACAAGGUGCACUACCUGCAGGUCCCUAUCUCCCGGAGAAUGUCACAUGAUGAGACUAACAUCUUCUCCGCCCACCGCUCCGCUCCAUCCUUCCUACACAAGUGGUCUUCAUCUGACGACAUCCGCAUUUCCACCCCCCGCAAGGCUGGAGGCCCUGGCUUCUUGCCUCCUCAGCUGCACGACUACCAGCACCGCCGGCGGCCCCCAGAAGAUGAGCUGACGACCCUACGGCAGUUUUUGGAAGGGGGGCUGAUGCCCCGGGGCUCCAGCUCCAGCGCCUGCUUCUUCCGAGAUGAGAUCACCACGUUCAUCGACGAGACGCCACAACCCACCCCAGCCUGCAGCCCACGGCACUCCCGUCUCCCGCUCGCAUCACGCCGCGAUCGCCGCCUCUCCCUCGGCAGCAGAGAGGAGGAGAACGCCGACCGGCCACGGCGCUGCUCCUUGGCGGGCAACGAAGCCUGGCACCUGCAGGACGGCGAGCAGGCGCCGGGUGGCGAAAGGACCCUUGAGGCCUGCGAGGCACAGACCUUCCAGGAUCCCAAACUAUGAGAGACAGCGUCAAAACCGUGCCGCGCCAUCACAAUUUUUAAAUAAAACUUCAAGUGUUCC